GAGAUGGGCUCCACCCCCUGUUUGAGAUGAAGUGAUGGAUGUAUAAUGCGGUUGUUAUAUAGGUGGAUGGGGGUGAGUAUAUAAAGACGGAAGUUCCCUCACCUACAAAUCAAACAAAAAGCUUAUCCAAGAAGCAAAGAAAGAAGAAAGAAUAAGAAUCACCAUGCAGACCAAAUCCCUCCUCACCAUCCUUCUCAGCGCUGCUCUGGCUGCUGCUACCGUUGACCCCGCCAGCUCUAACACUAAGGGAAAGUGUCCGGGUACUUAUAACUGCUCUGCCGCCAAAACCUCCACCGCCAUCCAGGCAGCCGAGUGCUCCCACAACACUCGUACUUCCGGGACUCAAACCUUCGCCGUCUUCGUCACCGACCACGAAUAUGACUCCUCCUACGGCGCUCCCUACGGUACUUGCAGCGCGUACACUUGCACUGCGCCGACGGAUAGCGAGAUGACGGAUGAUGAUGAUGAUUGCUGGACGUUCUUCUGGAACGACAACGGCGAGUCCUCCGGCGUUGGAACCGGAUGCAUUCGCAGCCCUGAUGACGGUACUUGUGGAUGUGAGGACUCUGAUGGGACUUUUGUCUAUGGGGGAACGGAUUGCUCUUAG